UUAUCGCAUCAUCUGUUAAAUGACGUGAAUUAAUUAAUCCAAUUUUGGGGGCAGAAAGCUGCUGGACUUCAUUAGCGAUGAAGGAUACAGCUGAAUAAUGAUACAGCUUUUGUCAAGGAAUAACAAUGUUUUGGCUAAGAAGUCGAAAAGUUAAUUUGCUUGAUUUAAACAAUAUGACAGAAAAAACUUUAGUCAACCGCCUGGAAGGAUUUAUAGAAAAGGCCAAUACAGUGAAAGGUGAAGAAGCUGUCAAACUUAUACAACAGGUUUUAGAUCACCCAGGGAUAUUUGUAUUUGGAGAACUCCUUGAUUCACCCAACAUCCAACAGCUGGAACAUGAUGAACAAACAGCCCCUUAUUUUCGACUCUUUAACCUUUUUGCUUAUGGAACAUAUAAUGAUUACAAAGAACAAAAAGAUAAACUACCAGAGAUAACAAAUUUUCAAUUGCUUAAAUUACGACAUCUUACACUGGUAUCUAUAGCAACUAAACAGAAAUGCAUUCCAUAUACUCUGUUAUCUAAGGAAUUAGAUCUUCCUAAUUUAAGAGACUUGGAGGACUUAAUUAUUGAAGCUAUUUAUGCUGGCAUCAUCAAAGGGAAGUUAGAUCAAAAAAAUAAACAACUUGAAGUAGAUUAUGCUAUUGGGCGAGAUAUUCGUUCAGAAGCUAUUCCAGAAAUUAUUUCUGUUUUACAAGAAUGGUGUAACAGUUGUGAUGCUGUGCUGAAGGGAAUUGAAACACAAAUAGUCAAAGCCAAUAAACUUAAGGAGAAGAAAUUAAAGACAAAACUCCAAAUUGAAAAUGAAGUUGCAAAUGUUAAAAAAUCUCUAAAAAGUACUCAACAAGAUCUUGAUGAGCAGAUGGUCACUGAUUCACGGGAAGUUCCUGUAUCAGGGGAGAAGGGAGGGAAAAAGUUAACAAAAAUUAAAGGAAAGCGGCAUAACUAAGGAACAAAAACAUCACGUCUCCUUUGAUACAUUGAAUUUUUAUUACAUAAUGACUCAUAUUGAAGAAGAAAUAUUUUGUGUUGAAAUUUUUUAUUACCCUGUAAUAAAGCAAUCUUUUUGUUCUAUUGUUGGAAUAAAUUGACAUAUACUUGAA